AUGCACGGGGGCCUGAGCGUCAUCGGCACCGGCUACCCGCAGGCAUCGGACGGCAAAUCAGGGGCACUCUACUCGGAAGGCUUUAUGCUCAUGAUACACCAUCCACACGAUUUCGCCGUCGAGGCGUCUCCACUUACCUUGAUACGCUUGGGUAAGGAGACGUUCGUUAAUGUUCUACCGACGGACUCGCGCUGCUCGGAGCAGGUCCUAGCACUACCCCAAAGCCAGCGAGAUUGUAUCGUCGGGAGCGACUUCAGUCCGCCGAUCGAAAGGUACCGCCAGCCAGCAUGCACGCUCGAAUGCUUGCGGAACGAGGUGCACCGAAAGUGCGGAUGCCAUCCGUUCCAUCUGCCCCGACCGAUGGUCGGUCGUAAUGGACAGGCAUUAGAAACUGCACUGUCUCGAUUCAAUGUGUUUGUAGAAAAUUACUAUAUGUUUAAAAGAUUGCAAUGCAAUUGCUUACCGUCGUGCAGUGAUGUAACGUACAAAACGGCCUCGAUUGUUUCCAACUUUUCUGCCUACAACUUUUCGAUUAAUCCGUUUUAUAAAGAAACGAAUCUCACUGAUUUUGAGUUCAUUUUCCACAUCUUUAUGAGCAAUCAGGUCGUGGCAGCCAACAGAAGAAUUGUCGUUGUGUCGUGGAUUUCGCUUCUGUCCAAUCUUGGUGGAGCAUUCAGCUUGUGUCUUGGCAUUAGCGUUCUCUCAUUGUUUGAAGUGUUGUUUUUCUCUAUUUUUCGUUUGAGAAAAAUGUAUCACAAACUAAAGCAGCGCCAGGAGCAGCAGAUCAAGCUUGUUGCUCCCUUCGCACGGUUGCAGAAAUUUUGAACGCAGGGUUUUUUGUAACGGUCUUAAUACAAUGUAUUGUUUGUUUGUUUGUUAUUUUGCAAAUAAUGAUUCAACAGUUUUUAUUUAUAUUUAGAUUGUACUGGUAUUAACGUUUAUUUUGUGUUGUUACAAUUUUCGUUUUGGUAAGAAACUUUACC